AUGUCUCUUCUACAAUCCGUCCGCUGGACGCUAUCGUCAUUAUUAUUACUCUCCGCAACUUCCCAUGCCGACCUAAUACCUUUUCUCGCCGACGAGGCCUACGAUCGUGGCGAUUUCGGUCCAUACCCCUACCAGGUAUAUCAGACGUCGCCUCUGAAAGGACCCCGCGUCAAUAUUGUCGCCACCAAUGACAGUUGCACCAGCAACGAUGAUCUUAUCUUUCUCAACCCGCGUGGAAGGCAAGUGGUGCCGGGCCCCAAUCCAAUGAUUCUGGACCAGGCAGGGAAUUUGGUCUGGACCUUGGACGGGAGGCCGUACGGGGAGACGUACAACCUAAACGUCCAGGAAUGGAAUGGCGAGCAGUAUUUGACCUUCUGGGGCGGAGAUGACACAGUAGGAGGACACGGCCAGGGUUACUACUACAUGUUCGACUCGUCUUACACACAAGUGCGGCAAAUCUCGGCCGUCGGGCCCAUUAAGGGCGACCUACACGAGUUCCGCUUCACGCGCAACGGUACAGCCCUGCUCAGUGUGUACGAAAUCACGCCAAUGGACCUGAGCUCGAUCGGCGGCCCGUCUAGCGGAUGGGUGUGGGACGGGGCUUUCCAGGAGAUCGACCUGGCGACAGGCAACUUGCUCUUUACGUGGCGGUCGAGCGACCACUAUAUCGCCAAUGACACGUACCACCGCUACUCAGGCGGCGGCGACUCAGCGUCGAGCCCGUUCGACUACUUCCACAUCAACAGCGUCGACAAGGACGAGAAGGGCAACUACCUCAUCUCUGCCCGCUACACGCACAGCGUUACGUAUAUUGAUGGCCAGACGGGCGACGUCAUCUGGCAACUCGGUGGCAAGCGCAACAACUUCGUCGACCUCUCCGACGGCCACGCCACCGACUUCAUGUGGCAGCACGACGCGCGCUGGCACGACAACAACACGGCCAUCACGCUCUUUGAUAAUGGUGCCGAAUCGGGCGUCUAUUCGUCGGAACAAUCGCGCGGCAUGCGCAUUGCCGUCGACCAGAUCGCCAUGACGGCGACGCUGACCCACGAAUACACGAACCCGAACACGCAGAUCAUCUCGUCGUCGCAGGGAUCGGUGCAGGUGCUGGACAACGGCAACGUGCUUCUCGGCUACGGGUACAACGGCGUCUUCACCGAAUUCGACGCCGAGGGCCGCGUGCUGUGCGACACGCGGCUCGAGCCCUCGGCGCGCUUCGAGAGCGGCGACGUGCAGACUUACCGCGUGCAGAAGGCCAAGUGGGUGGGGCGGCCCGCAACCAAGCCCGACAUUAAGGUCGAGGGCAGCAGCGUGUGGGUCAGCUGGAACGGCGCGACCGAGGUGCACCGCUGGGUGCUGCAGGACGCCGACUACGCCGAGAUGGACGGCGCCGAGAGCGGCGAGGAGGGGUUUGAAGAUGAGGUCGGCGAGUCGUGGCACCCCGUGCAGACGGUCGAGAAGACGGGCUUCGAGACGGAGUUGCGCUUCGGCGUUAGCACGAAGAGGUACGUCCGCGUGCUGGCGCUCGAUAAGGAGGGCAGGGUGCUCGGCGCGAGUGAGCCUGGUGGCACCUCGAUUGAUGAUGAGAUCAGGAACUCGACCAUUAUUCUUGGCCACCGCUUGAAGGAUGGCGACGCGACUGUCCUCGCCUUCAUGGUCUGUGCAGCUCUCGUGAUGUCGGGUGUCACCAUCGUCUUGGCCUGGCGUUCACGACUGGAUAAGAUCGCGUAUCAGAAGCUGUUGGACGAGGAGAAGGAAGAUGUUGUUGAAGUUGGUGAAGAGGAGGAGAGGUUGCUGGGUAGAGGGGAGUGGCGGUCGUGA